AUGACCGAAUCAAUGCAUCCAUACAAGAAGCAUCUGUAUAAUACACAGAAUUUAAAUUACAGUGCCGAUCAAAUUGAUUCUGAAAGGAUUAGUAAUGCAGAUGGUUUAGUGACUACUAAUGACUUGAAUGAACUUUCGAUUGAUGGCAAUGAGGAUGUAGAUUUUUCAAACUCCGAAGAUUUUAAUGAAUUAUAUCAAGAUUUAGUUAAACCUCCUCAAUUCACACAUGAAAGGUCGUUGACAGAACCAACUUCAAAUAAUAAUUCUAGUUUAUCAUUAGGCUCAGAUGCAGUUAGAUCAUCAAGACAACAACGUACUAAAUCUGUGGAUCUUUCACAUAUGUAUAUGUUGAAUAACAGCAAUGAUACACAAUUAACUUCAACUAAUGAAUCUGUUGCAGAUAUUUCUCAUCAAAUGAUUACAAGAUAUUUAGGUACAGAUAAUAAUACUUCCUUAAUGCCAAGAUUGAAAACAAUCGAAAUGUAUAGAGAAAAUGUUAAAAAAUCAAAGGAUCCAAAAUUAUUAUUUGAAUAUGCUCAAUAUAUGUUACAAACUGCAUUAACAAUUGACUCUAAUACUAGUUCUUUAGGUUUAUCUAAUGAUAUUACUGGCAAUUCUAACGAAAAAGAUAUAUCUUCAAAGGAUCUUAAAAAACAAUUUCUUAAGGAUGCUCAACAUUAUUUGAAAAAAUUAAGUUCAAAGGGUUACUCUGAUGCGCAAUAUUUAUUAGGUGAUGCGUAUUCAUCUGGGGCAUUUGGUAAAAUUUCAAAUAAAGAAAGUUUCAUAUUAUUUCAAGCUGCAGCUAAACAUGGUCAUAUUGAAAGUGCUUAUAGAACUGCACAUUGCUAUGAAGAAGGUUUAGGUACUACCAGAGAUGCUCGUAAAGCUUUGAAUUUUUUAAAAUUUGCAGCUAGUCGAAAUCACCCUUCAGCAAUGUUUAAAUUAGGAUUAUAUUCCUUUAAUGGAAGAAUGGGUCUUCCAAAUGAUGUAAAUACAAAACAAAAUGGGAUUAAAUGGUUAUCGAGAGCCUCUGCAAGAGCUAAUGAAUUAACUAAUGCAGCACCUUAUGAAUUAGCUAAGAUUUAUGAAAAUGGAUUUUUAGAUUUAAUUAUCCCCGAUGAAAAAUAUGCAAUGGAAUUAUACAUCCAAGCAGCUGCAUUAGGUCAUACUCCUUCAGCGACUUUAUUAGGUCAAUUAUACGAAACAGGUAACUCUGUUAUCACACAAGAUGUUAGUUUAUCAGUUCAUUAUUAUACACAAGCUGCUGUACAAGGAAAUGAUCCUACAGCAAUGUUGGGAUUGUGUGCAUGGUAUUUAUUGGGAGCAGAACCUGCUUUUAAGAGAGAUGAAACAGAAGCAUUCCAAUGGGCAUCAAAGGCAGCAAAUUUAGGACUUCCAAAAGCCCAAUUUACUUUGGGUUAUUUCUAUGAAAAUGGGAAAGGUUGUGAACAAGAUGAAAUCGCAGCUAAAAAAUGGUAUACUAAAGCCGCUAGAAAUAAUGAUCAAAGAGCUAUACGGAAGAUAAGAAAACAAGAAAAUUUAAAUAAAUCUACCGAAACUGAUAAUUCAACUAAUCAACCCGUUAAAAAACAUGGUCAUAAAAAGAGUAAAAGUGUCACCACCAUGAAUCUAUUCUCAAUGAAUUCCAACAACAAUCAAUUAGAUGAAGAUCCUUUAAAUGAUAAUGUUCAGGAUAUUCAAGAUAAUGACUACCUUGAAGUUCAACAAAUGGAUACUCCAAAAUUUUUCAGCAAUCCAAAUUAUAAACAUACUCCACAAAAUAGCAUAAAUAACACUGCAUCAAAAAACAAUAUAUUGGGAGAGACAUCUGAUAAUACUAUUAAUAAAACUGCAAAUAACAUAACCAACUCCACAGGAAUGGGAAUGGUUAAUGAUAACACUUAUAAAAUGUCUGAAAAUAGUAAAAAGAAGGACCAGAAAUUGAAAAAUAAAAAGAAGAAAGAUUGCGUCAUAAUGUAA